AUGUUUCCAAAUGGGUGUCCUGUUGUAGUGUUUCCAGGUAGAUUUGUUCUUGGAAAUGAACCCAACAACUUUUUAGUAGACCCUGCCGUAGUGGAAUCAGUGUCCUUUGAUACAUGUCCUGGUGUAGUGGAGAAAUAUCAACACAUUGAGGAUUUUUAUUGGGCUGUAAGGCCACUAGAAAUGGCCUUUGGUUUAUUUACAGCCAUGAAGCUCACUAUAUCUAUUGGAUGCAAUUUGAUAUGGCUAUUUCAUGAAGAGCUCUUCGGGGCAAAGCAUGGUCUUUGGAGGCAAGAGCGGAAAAGCCGAGCAGCUAAGCUAGAGAAACAGCUGAAAUCACGAAGGCAACUUGAGGCACUAAUUGAGGAACAACUGAACAGGUUCCAUGCGCAUUACAAUCAGGCCAUGGUCCCAAGUCAUCUCGAGGAUGUGUCUAAACUCCUUAUGCCACAAUGGGCAGCUCCCCAAGAGCUGACCACACUCUCCUGGUUUGGUGACUGGAGACCCUCCGCCAUUCUGGAACUCUUGCAUGGCCUGGCUCCUUCAUCUUUCUUAAGAGACUUAACAGCUAUGGAACAGGUCCUAUCUCAGCUUAUCCAUGAGAUACGUAUUGAGGAGGCAGUAAUUGAUGAGGAAAUGGCUGAGAUUCAAGCAACAUGUGUUCUCUACCUUCCCUUUGCCCCAGUGAGGAGCAGUAAGUCAGGUGGUUCUGCCUUGCAUGCUAUUCAAUCUGAGUUCAAGAAGAUUGCUCGGGUCAUCACUAAGGCUCAAAAGCUAAGGUUCAAGGCAUUAGAGCUGGUGGUGAAGAAGGUGCUGAACCAAACUGAUGCAGCAGAGUUCCUGGUGGCCUUCUCAGGAAUUCAAGAGGCUAUCCACCAGUUCGCUGAGCACAAUAGAUUGCUAAAGGGGCCAGUUACUGUGUCUGUCAAGUCUCAGGAUGUAGUUGAGACUGCAAAGCAGCCAAAGAUCCACUUAGAAGACAGAAUCAGUCUUUGGGAGAAGACUAGCGUGAGCUCAGAACAAGAGAGCAGUCGCCAAUGCACUCAAGAUGCUAUCCACGAGUUCGAAGAACAGCAGAAGUUACAAGAGGGGCCUGUCACUGUGUCUGUCAAGUCUCAGGAUGUAGUUGAGACUUCAAAGCAGCCAAAGAUCCACUUAGAAACCAGAACCAGUUUAUGGGAGAAGUUUAGCCAGAUCCUACAACAAGAGAGGAGUGGCUGA